AUGGAGGCGAGGCAGCUGAGGAGAGACGUCGAGGCGCUGAUAGGCGAUUACAUUGGGCAGAAACUCCGAGAGAAAUCUUUUGACCCAAAGGGGAAGGGGACCUCCACAAUGCUGGAUGAGCUGGCUCACUAUGACCUGGCUGUUCGAGUUGCCCUGUGGUGGUUGGACAAAGACGAGACACGAGACGCGCUGGACGGAGACCUCAUCUUCCCUCUCCACCACAGCAGCUCAGGAGGCGCCCAGUAUCCAGAUCGCUUAGAGCGGGAGGCCAUGAUCCUGUCGUCCUUUGCCGGGAUAAUUAUGAGCAGCCUUCCAGUGGAGGAGAUCUUGGCUCUGUACAGGUGUCGACCGGCUGCUUCGUACCCCGACCAGCAAGCCAAGGGCGCGAUCGUGUAUCCCUUCACGCUGUCCUACCAUCCGUUUGCGAUGCUCGGCUCCUACAAGGCCGUCCAGCACUCCAAGAAGCUCAGUCAAAGGUUGAAGCGGUGGCUGUCUGAGAGGACGAAGGUGAGCGCCACGCCCGGGCGAGCGUCGGGGAACUCUUCGGCGUCCUCCUCCUCCUCCUCGUCUCACUCCUUCCUCACUGACAACAGUGAUCAUGGCGAGAGGAGGUCUGGGCUCUAUGAAGGUUCGCUGGAGUCGCUGCACGACUGAAGUCGACUUCCUGGAGUUUGAUUUCGUCGUCACGGCGACAAAAACAACAACAAAGUG